CGGCAGCGGCAGCAUGGGGGUGACGGUGGAGGUGCGCCGGGUGUACCGCUACCCCUUCGAGCAGGUGGUGGCCAGCUACCUCCGCAAGCUGCUCUUUUCUUGGCCCAGAAGAGGACUCUGCAAAAAUGCAUUUAGUGGCUUAAAAAACAAACGAACGAACGUUUUCUGGUUUUGCCCUGUGGCAGAAGUUGUGAUCCGUAGCCCUGUCCUCUGGACUGCCACGCUGUGGCUAACUAAUGGAUGUGCUUCGAAAUGCUAAUUUGAGACCCCUGAACAAAGUUGGAAAAGAGAAAAAGAAAUCGUCUGUUGAUUUGCUUGAGCGUUUGGCCGUUAGAGGCCGGGGAGAAGCAGAGUUGGUGCCUUUUAUUGCAACAGAUUUGAAGCAGAGGUGAAAUACAAAUAGGAAUUGUACCUGUAGUCUACUCCGUGUGACCCGAGAAGGGCAGCUGGAGGUGCACAGUGACCCUAAUGAUGACAGCCAGGAGCACAGAGCAGAAAGAAUAGGGUGGGAAGGUGUAACUAAACUUGCUUUCAGAGGAGACCAAAACCAAGACAUCUGGGGUCCUUCAAGAAAGUGUUUGUGCCAAGUUAUCUACUGGUUCACAGAAAUCCCAGGGAUCCCAUGUGCUGUAGCACUUCCUGUACUGACUUCUGUGACCAAACUAUCCUAGUCCCAUGGAGAAACAUAUCACAGCUGUAGAAACAGUGGAAGAGAAAACAGAUUUGUCUACGGGGGUUAUUUACCGGAGGAGAAUUGCAACGUGUCAGAAUGUAAUUCCUGAAAUCUUAAGAAAGAUCAGUGUCUUAAAAGUGUCUGACAUCUACUUAGAAGAGGAAUCUUGGCUUAACAUGCAGAAAAGAAAUAUGUCUAUGAAGACUCAUUGUCUCACAUGGACACAGUAUGCGUCUCUAAGUGAGGAAUCUGUCUUCAGGGAGAGCUUGGAAAAUCCAAAUUGGACAGACUUCACACAAAAAGGCAGAAUAUCAGUUACAGGGGCAGGUUUGCUCAACUGUGUAUUGGAAGCUUUUGCUCAAUCAUUUCUAAAACAAGGUGUGAAGAAGGGUAUUAAAAUAAUGGAAACACUUCUUCAGGAGCAGUAUGGGUGAUGGUUCUCAUGAACAAUGGUGAAAAUGCAUCUGUCUGGAGUUUCGCUGACACAGUAUAUUUUUAUUGCCAUCAGAAUUUCCAUGGAUAUUAUCCAAACUUUAGUGGUACCACCUUACUGAGGAAAGAGAAUUUAAUAUGCCCAGUUGGAAGAAAAGAAGACUACAGACUGUAAAUCUUUUAUAUAAGAUUAAGGAAUCAUGCUACUUAAGGGAAUGCAAAAAUCAUGGAGAAACAAAUGUAACCUAGGAAAUAGUGUCUUCCUGUGAGUUGGUGAUGUAAUCUUUAGAGACUAAGAAUUCAUAAGGGAAAACAGAGCAACAAACCAAAAAUAGUCCUGGUUGCUAUGAAGAGACCCUUCUCAAACCAACCAGUUGCUUUUCAUCUUAUCAAGGGAGAUGCAAGCAUCUGGGUUUUGUUUAUUUCACAGCUUAAUUCUGGGAUAGAGAUUUUGUCCUACAAAAAUGAAAGUCAACUUCAGUAGCUGAGGAGGGUUACUAUUCUCAGUUCGGGUCAACAAUGUUAAUUAUUUCAGUCCUGACUGCUGCGUUAGAAAUGCCUUAUUAUACUCAUGCCACUGUGAUUAUUUUUGGUUGUAAAGACACUCCUCAAUACAAGUUUUAAAGUGGAUAUAUUUAAGUGCAUAUUUUCAAUUCAAUUGAAACAACUGAAUUAAUCAGUAGUUUCUUUUGCUUCUGAACAGAAAAGGAAAGCUUGAGGGGAAUUGAAGUUUAAAGUUCUCAACAAAGAGAAUCUCCUACACUCUUCCUCCUUUUGUUACAUGCAUUGCAACAGCAUAGUUUUAUUUUGAAUACUUGUUUAAAAUUCAGAUAACUGCAAACCAGAUUUGAUAUCCUUAUUGAGAUUGAAUAAUAUCACACUCUACAAAUAGAGCCACUGAAGUCAGUGUUAAAAGGUGCAAGCAGAUGCUCUGAGAAUAAGCAUAAUUGUUUUCACUAUGGAAAACUUUGAGAAAUUUCAACAAAGAUGUACUCUUCUGUCAAGUACCAGGGGACUUCUGUAUUUAACACCCUAAUACAAGGGCUUUAAAAGCAAAGACAACAUUAUGUUCAGCUUUUAAUGAGAGUAUUAUUUGAUUUAGGGAGAGACUUGAAUCACUGUUCUUAGCAGAAUUCAGCAAAAGGUGAAAUAAAGUUUCUGUAGACUGUGGGAAAUGCUAUUCUUAGCUGGCUAACUGGACUAGGCAAUGAAGUCCUUUCGAACCUUAUGAGCUAGAGAAGUUGCAAGAAACUUUUUACUUGAAAAAAAAAUCAAGUUGCUUAAGAAGACUAAAACAUGCAUCUAAAAAGUGAAGCUUGAUUUAUAAGUUGCAUAUCCAGUAUUUUAUAUGACUAAAAUGUCAUGUCCAAGUGUAAAAAUGUGUCCCACUCAUUUCAGUUGGAAGAUAAUAUAUAAAAGGACGAAGCACUUGUACUAAGAAAAUGUGUUAAUGAAUUUGACAGUAAUACUGGUGUUUUGCUAUGCUUACCUCUGUAAACUGUAAUUUUUCUGCAUUAUUCUGAAUUUUGGAAUAAUGUACUCCAGUUUUUCAUACUAUUUCUCUUCUGCAGAGAGACUUCUGAUCUUAAUGGAUAAAGUUUUAGCUUUAUCCUUGCACAAUCUUACAGGAGACGAAUGAAUGAAUGAAUAAUUUAAACAUAGUAGCAAAAGAAAAAAAACUUUAAGGAUGAUUUGUGCUGGGAAGUGUAAAGAAAAGGUCUAUGUGAUGAGAAAUUUAUGAGGCUAGAUUAACUGCUUUAGUAGUGUAUUGCAACUGAGCCUAUUUGAGAGUGAGUUCAGACUUCCCCCUUCUGGCACUGCUUGUCCUCUGAGAUUAUCCAGUUUUUAAAAUUGGUCUGAUGCAAGCAACAUUGUGAAAAACAGCAGGAGUUAUCUGGAAGCUCAAAUGGGACAACUGUGUAGCUCUGAUAGAAAACCAUAUUAAAGUUUAAAAAUGACUAGAGAAACUAUAUAAGCAUAGUCAGAUGACUGUUUCUGUUUGACUGAGGAGACAGACUGCUGAAAUCUACCUUGUGGUUCACUGUAGAACAAGCAGAUGAUUGUUGUUGCAUAGGUAAAGACUUGAAUCUCAGUUGUUAUGUCUCUUUUUGGACCUCAGAGGGGUGACUGGCUUUUCAAAAUUGUACAGCUGUGUUAACUUCUUGGGGUGGUGGGGGAGUGCUGGAAUCUAGCAUAUAGAUUUAAUACCUUAAGUUGAAAGAAUCCAUAAAUGUUGAAUUGAAAUUUUCUGAAGUCCAAGAGCCUGGGACAUUGAGGGACAAACUGUAUUUCCAAAUACAGUUAAUCAUUUCUUAAUUAUAUUGAGCUUGAGCUUUGCUGUGAGAUGAAAAUUAGUUAAUUUUAACACGAGGAAUAGGAGUCCUUUUUGCUAAUGCAUGUGUUAGCAUGUUUCAGCUCUCUAACUGCUUAUGGAAGGUAGUAAUCACCUGCAUAUGUUUGCUAGCCCCCCCCCCCCCCCCCGUUACCUUAGUAAAUGAAACAGAGCCAUGAAUCUGGCAACAAAGCAAUUUAUAUUGACCUGGAGACCUAUUGCCAGUUCUACCAAGCCAUAGGAGGAGAUGUUGCUGUCUUAUAUUUUGUAGGUAUGUUAAUUGUUGGAUAGCUGUGCCUGUCGUCUUCUCAGACCACAACUGUGAAUAUUGUGAAUGGCCAUCAUGCAAUCGUCCAAAGGUUUCAUGACAAGCUAAAAUGCAAAGUUUGAGGGUGGAGUACAUUUAUUAAAUGGCAUUCUCAUUCUGCAGUAGCACACCAUGCUAAUUUUGUAUCUUUUAUAAAAUAAAAGAACUAGAAUAGCUUUGUAUUUUUCAAUUGUAUUAAAAAGUUGUAUUUUAUUUUCUCAAAUGUGAUGUAAACUUUGUGGACUCUUCCUUUUGCUAUGUCUCAGUGCUAUGGACCUGCUUAUGUCAUUAGUUAAUGGUCUGAACUAUCCUAUCCUGAUGUUAAAUGAGGGUGUACUAAUACUUAAAAACUGUAGCCAGGGACAUGUUCUCCUGUAAAUUCACAUAUCUUUGCUUA